AUGAAAUUAUUAUUCUUUCUUUAUAUACUUUUACCUUUAGUAUUAUCUUUUUCUUUAGAUUCAAUUCCAUAUAAUAACUUAAUUAUGUCUUAUGCAUCUUAUUGUAAAGUGGAUCAAAUAAAAAAUUGGGAAUGCCCUUCCUCAAUUUGUAGUUUACCAGCUUCAGAAGAUUUUUUCAAUUCCAACUUUAAGAUUCUUUUGGUAGAAAAUCACAUAGUCAUCGACUCCGAAAUAGUUGAGUUAUUUGGAGAUGAUAUACAAUACUUCAUCGCCAGUAAUGGAACAAACUACUUCUUAACAUUUAGAGGAACAGCUAAUAUUCCAAAUGGAAUAGAUGAUUUCGAAUCUUUAUUUGCUCAAUCUUUAUUUCCAAUUUGGUAUACUGGUUCUAAAGUAUCUUAUGGGUUCCUUGGAGCGUAUAUGGAAGUUCGUCAAAAAAUUAUGGAUUGGUUUCAAAAUCUACAGGGAUGUAUUCCCUCAAGAAAGUGUAAUCUCAUGAUAACUGGUCACAGUCUAGGUGCAGCUCUAGCAAGUACAUACAAUAUUCAAGUUCAAAAUUUCGGUUCACCCCGAGUUGGAAAUAUUGAAUUUGAACAGCACUACGAUAGUAUCUUACCUAACACAAUUAGAAGUAUAUUUUCGAUGAAUUACAUCCAUGUUGGAGCCGAAAUCUUUAUAAAUGGUUCCACCUCAAUAUAUCCUCCUCCUAUGGGAACAGUGUCUGAAUGCUACAAACCAGAUUCAAAAUACUGUAGUGAUGGUGAAUCUGUGCCAUGGAAUAUUUUCAAUUCGAUUAAUGAUUUUAUGUAUGACCACAGAUCAUACUUUGGUUUCAACUUAACCACUUUUUGUGAUAGUUGGCUCCCAAGUAUGACUCCUUCUCCAACCCCAACUCCAACCAUUACCCAAUCACCAACCCCGAACCCGUUGACUUUCCCAAUUCUCACACAAAACAUUACCUCUCAGUGGGUAUCAGCAGGAGUAACUUACUCCAAUAUUGUUGGUAGAUUCACUAACAAUGGUCAAAUCGAUAUCCUCGAUCCUGUUUUUAUUUCUACUCCAAACAUUAUUCCAAUUAGUAUGUUUGGUCUCUCAUCGACUACUGCCUCCAAUGGAAAGAUUAACUGGCGUCUCUCUCCAGCUGGUAGCACCACUCAAUUUAUGCCAAAGGGAUCUCAUUAUGACUUUGCCUAUACUAUCAAUUCUGCAAUUCCCAUGAAUUUCACCAGAGUUCAAUAA